GAUCCCCCUUGGAAUCAUGCUGAAGCGAUGCGCUCGCGACGAGAUGCCGGUGGAGCUGAGUGAGCCCGUGGCCCCCAAGGCCCUCGAGCAAUCGAAGACCAUAGUCGAGGAUGUGAAGUCAAGAGGGGAAGCGGCUGUUCGUCACUGGGCAGAGAAGUUCAACGAGGUCAAAGAGGGCGAGAGCCUCGUGGCUGACAAGGACGAGCUCAAGGCCGCCUACGAUACUCUUUCCAUUGAUCAGCAGGGCGUUCUUACCCGCGUGGCCGACAGAAUCCAAAAGUUUGCCGUCGCUCAGAGGGCUAGUAUUCAAGACACCGAAGUUGUGAUCCCGGGCGGAAAGGCGGGACAGCUAGUAAGCGCAGUCGAGAAUGCAGGAUGCUAUGCGCCAGGAGGACGCUACCCGCUGCCCUCCAGUGUUCUCAUGACGGCUGUCACUGCAAGGGCUGCCGGAGUGAAGAACGUGUGGGUUGCGAGCCCUCAUCCUGACCAGGUCACCAAGGCAGCUGCUCACGUUGCUGGAGCCGAUGGAAUGCUCAAGGUGGGAGGAGCUCAAGCCAUAGCAGCCUUAGCGCAGGGAAUAGGCAAAAUACCGGCUUGCAACAUCAUCGUGGGUCCUGGAAAUCAGUGGGUUACAGCUGCGAAAUCGCUCGUACAAGGACAGUGUGCGAUCGACAUGCUUGCUGGACCAUCCGAAGUGCUGGUUAUUGCGGAUGAGACUGCAGAUCCCAAAACAGUUGCAGCUGAUCUCCUCGCACAAGCUGAGCACGAUGUGGAAUCACGGCCGAUCCUUAUCACCACUCACGAGCCAUUGCUCACUGCAGUGAACAGUGAGCUCAAAGUACAGCUUGAUGACCUUCCUUCGCCCAACUGUGAUACAGCAAAGCAAGCUGUUGCAAAAGGAUUUUGUGUUGUCACGAAGUCAAUGGACGAAGCCAUCGAAAUCAGCGACCAGAUUGCCCCUGAGCAUUUGGAGAUUAUGACAGCCGACGCCAUGCAGGUCGGUAUGAAAUGUAACAACUAUGGCGGACUUUUCAUCGGUCGAUAUGCUGCUGAGGUGUUGGGUGACUACGGGUGCGGUCCCAAUCACGUUCUUCCUACUGGUGGAACCGCAAAGUAUACUGGAGGAUUGAGCGUGCACACAUUCCUCCGCAUCAGGACUUGGAUGCGUGUUGACAGUCAGGAACAGAACCAGCCGGUGGUACAAGAUUCAAUUGCACUUGCACGCAUGGAGGGAUUGGAAGGACAUGCUAGGGCUGCCGAAGUCAGGAAGCUAUGAGAUCUUCAACGAAGACCAUGCCCUCAAUUUUGAUGACCCCAUGGAGUGUAGGAACAUUAGAAUUGACACAGCAAGGAAUUCUUUUUCGGUUUCCGUUUACUGAAUCGACCGAAACAA